AUUGUCUGUCUUCCAGCAGCUCAGACAGAGCGAGGAUUUUUAUGCUAGCUCAGCUGGAUAAGUGACCCGUUUUUUUUUUUAUACGGAUUAACAGGCAAACAUCCUCCUGUCUACAUUCAUCAUUUUCUUAUCUAUACAGCUAAAGAGAUUUGUCAAAGUAACAGCAAUUGAGAUAACCUAGAUUAAAGGUUUUGUGUGGAAGACUUAAGUGUACCCUUCAUUUGAGGUUGGACAAGAACUUCUAACUUUUGGCAGCUGAAGAUGUUGUUACUAUGGGAACAGGUGUUUCUGAUUUUCUUUGUUGGCUGCCUUGGAGAUCUUGAAAACUUAAAGACAAAAAUGAGAAGCACUGUGUCUGUACGAGAAGGACAAGGGGUUGUUCUGCUGUGUGGGCCACCAACUCAGUCUGGAGAACUUUCUUAUGCUUGGAUCUUCAAUGAAUAUCCAUCAUUUGUGCAAGAAGACAGUCGCCGAUUUGUUUCUCAGGAAACUGGGCAUCUCUACAUAGCCAAAGUAGAGCCAUCUGAUGUAGGAAACUACACAUGCGUUGUGACCAGUACCAUAACAAACGCCAAAGUUCUUGGCUCUCCAACACCUUUAGUGCUGCGUACUGAUGGUGUAAUGGGGGAAUAUGAACCCAAAAUAGAAGUUCAGUUUCCUGAAACACUUCCAGCUGCUAAAGGUUCAACUGUAACACUGGAAUGCUUUGCCCUUGGAAACCCAGUGCCUCGGAUUAACUGGAGAAGAAAUGAUGGGAUGCCAUUUCCAAGCAAAGUGAUGAUGAGGAAAUUUAAUGGCGUCAUUGAAAUUCCCAAUUUUCAACAAGAGGACGCUGGUCUCUAUGAGUGCAUUACUGAAAACUCUAGAGGAAAAAAUGUUGCCAGAGGACGCCUGACAUAUUAUGCAAAGCCUCACUGGGUUCAACUGAUAAAAGAUUUUGAAGCUGCAGUGGAGGACAACUUAUACUGGGAGUGCAGGGCAAGUGGCAAACCCAAGCCAUCCUACAGGUGGCUGAGAAAUGGAGAGCCUCUGGCAUUAGAGGGAAGAAUACAAAUUGAAAAUGGGGCUUUGAUCAUAACAAACCUAAACUUGACAGAUUCUGGCAUCUACCAGUGUAUUGCAGAAAACAAACAUGGCACAAUAUAUUCCAGUGCUGAUCUCAGAGUUGUAGCUUUGGCUCCUGACUUUUCUAAAAACCCAAUAAAGAAACUGAUCCAGCUUUUAAUCGGCAGCACAGCUCAUUUUGACUGCAAGCCAAAAUCUUCCCCUAAAGCGACAACUACUUGGAAAAAGGGAGGUGAGCUGCUCCAAGAAAAUGAAAGAAUAUCACUGUUAAAAGAUGGAGGCCUCCGAAUAGCUAAUGUGAGUAAAUCAGAUGCUGGAAGUUAUACUUGCCUGGCAGAGAACCAGUUUGGAAAAGCUAGUAGCUCAACCAGCUUAUUAGUUACAGAGCCAACUCGGAUAACUCUGGCACCUUCAAACAUGGAUGUUUCUGUAGGGGAAAGUGUUAUCUUGCCCUGUCAAGUUCAGCAUGAUCCCCUGCUGGAUAUAAGUUUUACAUGGUAUUUUAAUAGUGCACUGACUGACUUCAGAAAAGAUGCAUCUCAUUUUGAGAGAGUAGGUGGGAGUGCAUCAGGGGACUUAAUGAUUAGGAACAUCCUGCUGAAGCACAGUGGAAAAUAUGUGUGCAUGGUGAAGACAGAGGUGGAUAGUGUGUCAUCUGCAGCAGAACUCAUUGUCCGAGGCUCACCUGGACCACCUGAACGUGUAAAAGUGGAUGAAAUAACAGCUACUACAGCCCGGCUUUCUUGGUAUGAGGGCUUAGAUAAUCACAGUCCAAUCACUAGUUAUACAAUACAGGCCAGGACGCCUUUUUCAGUGGGUUGGCAGAGGGUCACAACAGUUCCUGAUGUCAUUGAUGGGAAAACAUUCACAGCCACCACAGUAGAAUUAAACCCUUGGGUUGAAUAUGAAUUUCGUAUAGUUGCCAGUAACAGGAUUGGAGGUGGAGAGCCUAGUUUACCCUCAGAAAAAGUAAGAACUGAAGAGGCAGUCCCUGAGGUACCACCAUCUGAAGUAAGUGGAGGAGGUGGGAGCAAGUCUGAAUUGGUCAUCACAUGGGAUCCUGUUCCUGAAGAAUUACAAAAUGGCGAAGGAUUUGGCUAUGUUGUUGCCUUCCGACCUCUUGGCAUUACGACCUGGAUACAGACAGUUGUCACAUCACCUGAUACACCAAGAUAUGUCUUCAGAAAUGAAAGCAUCUUGCCGUUUUCACCGUAUGAAGUUAAGGUUGGCGUGUAUAAUAAUAAAGGAGAAGGACCAUUUAGCCCAGUCACCACAGUGUAUUCUGCCGAAGAGGAACCCACCAUAGCACCUUCUGGUAUAUCCGCAAACAGCCUCUCAUCUUCUGUAAUUGAAGUCUCCUGGGUUUCCAUUCCUUGGAAAAUGAGUAGCGGAAGAUUGCUGGGCUAUGAGGUAAGAUACUGGAAUAAUGGUGGAAAAGAACAGUCUUCAAACAGAGUAAAAGCCAUUGGAAAUGAGACAUCAGUAAGAAUAACAGCUUUGAUGAGCAACCUUGUGUACUACACAGCUGUUCGAGCAUACAACAGUGCAGGAGCGGGUCCUUUUAGUGCUACUGUCAAUGCUACCACAAAAAAAAUGCCUCCCAACCAGUCUCCAGGAAAUGUUGUAUGGAAUGUUACAGACUCCAGGGUAGUGCUGAAUUGGGAGCAGGUGCAUGCAAUGGAAAAUGAGUCAGACGUAAUUGGCUAUAAGGUUUUAUAUAGGACUAGCAGUCAAAACCAGCUCAGUGUCCUGAUCACAAACAGAACAUCUGCAGAACUUCUGCUCCCUUUAAAUGAUGACUACAUUAUAGAAGUAAAAGCUGUGACUGAUGGUGGAGAUGGCACUAGCAGUGAGCAGAUUAAAAUUCCUAAACUAGCAAGUAUGGAUGCAAGAGGUUCUGGUGCAGCAAUCUUAAAUGGUCUAACAAGUUCUAUGUCAAUAACACUAUUCUUGAUUUUUAAAGCAGUAAUGUGCUGAUGCAUUUUCACAGAUAGCCGAAGGCCAGGUGAAUAAUUUACUUUGAAAGUAGUUUUUAAAAACAACAAUAGCAACAAUAAAUGGUGGUUAUGCAUGGAUCUAUUACCAUUGAUUUUAAAUACUUUCUAUGACUUCAUUCAAGGAUAAUAAUAAAGCAAAUCAUAUACAUAUUAAACAAUUCCUUCUAAAGGAAGAUAAAAUGCCUUAAAAUGUAAUGAACCAAAGGAGUUUACACAUUACAUGCUUCAGAAGUGACAAAAAUAAGAGGAUGAAUAUUGCAAAAAGCUUUGAGAAUUCCAUUUUCCAAGCAACACAGAAUUAUUUUAAUGUAUAUUGCAACGAAAUCAUCCGAAUACAUACAGAUGGAAGAUAAAAACAAACCCACAUUUCAGCAGUAUCUGAUGGAAACCUUAACUUGUUUUCUAAAAUCCUCACACUGUUGAACAGUAUUUGGAUAGCUGUCAUGAUGGCCUUUUGUUUAAUGUCCUUCUUUGUUAUAAACACCCAAAAAAACUUCAUUUGCUAUUUAAAAUCCAUCUUGCCCCAAUUUUUGGUCCAAAUUACAUGAAUGUUCAGUUGCUUCUGCUUAUUUUUGUUUUAAAAAAUUCAGUUUAAACAGUAAAAUUCUAAUCCUAGUUUAAUUGUGAUGGACUGCCUUCAAGUCGAUUCCGACUUAGGUUGACCCUCUGAGUAGGGUUUUCAUGGUAAGCGGUAUUCAGAGGGGGUUUACUAUUGCCUUCCUCUGAGGCUGAGAGGCAGUGAUUGGCCCAAGGUCACCCAGUGAACUUCAUGGCUGUGUGGGGAUUCGAACCCUGGUCUCCCAGGUCGUAGUCCAACACCUUAACCACUACACCACACUGGCUCUCAAGUGGAAAAUUUAUUUCAGAUGGAAGUUUCUGUAAUUUCAUUCUUAAAGGAAGUAUGUCUGCACAGCAUCACAUAAAAAGAGCCAAAGGAUUAGGCCAGUGGCCCAACUAGUCUAGCAUCUUGUUCUGACAGUGGCCAACCAUCUGCCUAUGGGAAAGCAGAUUCUGAGCACAACAGCACUCUCCCCACUAGUGAUUCCUAGCAACAGGAAUCACAAUUUGAGUAUCAAAAGGAUACUCAGGAUUUGUUUUCACACCGGAGAACUAAAUGGUGCAUUGGGUUGUAUUCACCUCUGCUUACCCAAUAGAAUGAUCUCUACUCUCCUCCGCUUGUGCAGUGUUCUGGAGUUUCUUCCAACCCUCCAGAGCAGAUUGGGGAGGGGAGGCGCAGGGGAAGGAGAGGGAGGAAAGUCCCAUUGUGCUAGCAGGAAUUCUUGUGCUUGUCUUCUGCAAGUGCAAUGAUUUAGUUGAAUAUGGCCCAUUAUCUUCUGCAUGGUCUUCUGCCAGUCUGUAUUACUGCAGGCCACAGUGAUCCUCUUUGGAAUGAAAGCUAUACCUUUAUGAAUCAAUAGUUUUAGCUUGGCACUAUAGAAGUACAGCAAUCAAAUUUCCUGGUGUAGGGGUGCUAGAAUGUUCUGGAAAAUCAUUCAUUGGGCCCUCAUUGAAUAUUGGUCCUGUUGCAGUUUUUCUACUAUACUAUUUAGAAUGAUCCUGGAUGAUAAUAGAUUCACUGCCAUUUUCUUAUUUAUCAGCAAAGACUUUUGUCAGUGUUAUUAAGUGGACUGUUUUAAAUCAAUGUUUUCACAGCAAUGGGUAUAUAAA